CCACAAUUCAACUCUUAAUUUGUUCAAAAAAAUUCAGCAUCAAACUAUCUCAAAAGCGGAAAAAAAAUGUCGGGCCGUGGAAAGGGAGGAAAGGGUUUGGGCAAAGGAGGAGCCAAGCGUCACAGGAAGGUUCUGAGAGACAACAUCCAAGGGAUCACCAAGCCGGCGAUUCGGAGAUUGGCUCGUAGAGGUGGAGUCAAGCGUAUCAGUGGUCUUAUCUACGAGGAGACACGUGGCGUACUCAAGAUCUUUUUGGAGAACGUUAUCCGUGACGCUGUUACCUACACCGAGCACGCUAGGAGGAAGACGGUGACCGCCAUGGACGUCGUCUAUGCUCUGAAGAGGCAGGGGAGGACUCUCUACGGUUUCGGCGGUUAAGGGUCUUCUUAGAUUCGCGUUUGCGUUUCUGUAUUUCUUUUCUGGAAAUUUCUAAUCAAAUCAUGUUCUACUUAGCGUUUGCGUUUGAAUUAUGUUUGGGUACGGCGUUUUAUGUGUUGCGGUAGCGUUUCGUUUUAUAUGUAAUUACGCCUUUUAUCUUAUGUUUUUAGCGAUGCAAUGUCAAUGUAAUCCAAUGUCAAGAAAUAUAUUCGAGUUUUAUUUACACAAGUCAA